UUUUGUUCGCUAAAACAGACCUUUUAAAAUGUUUUUGUUUUUUCUUAGCCAAAAUAGAGGUUCUUUUGUCUUAUAUUUCUACAAAGAAAGCAUCAAAGAGGCCUUUAAGGAGAUAUUUAUGGUUUAGGAUAAGUGUGAGCUCGGACUACAACCACCAUCAUGCUUUGUUGCUACAUAAAAUGGCAUCGCCGCACAUUGCCUAUUAGAUUUUUCCACAUACACCAUAAAAAAAACACACCAUUUAUGGAAUUAAGGAACAAUCAUAUAACAUUGUAACUAUAUAUUUAUGUAUAUUUCCGCUGCAAAAUAAAAUGAUUCUUUGAAUUUUUCUGGCUAAAGUACAAUAUACAUAUUUGAAUUGAAAACUGAUGAGCGGUGUAUUUUAGCAUGGACAAUGAAAACAACUGCAGAGAAAAGCUAUGUAUUUGCAAUAAAUAAUAUUUUACUUCCAAAGUAAAAAAAUAACCGCCCUGUCGUCUGGUAGAAGAUUCCACUCUAACAAGCGUGACCCGGGUCUGACUCGAGCACGUACGUAGCUAAUUGACACGUGGCUAUUUCAGUCAGACUUAUGUUACGCUAUUAUCAUGCAAACCUUAAAAUUCAGAUUUAGCUGAUCAAGAGCAGGAUUUCAAGGCAUUUUUUUCCUCAACAAAAUGGCGACCCUUGAAGAGGCAGUAAAAGAUAUCCAAGAAAACUUGAAUGAACUGUUCAUCCUAGUGAUGGGAAUCUUUGUUUUUUUUUUACAAGUUGGCUUUGCGUUCCUUGAAGCAGGAUCAGUUCGUUCAAAGAACACCACGAAUAUUCUCCUGAAAAAUGUCCUCGAUGUCUUCAUUGGAGGCUUGUCAUUUUGGCUUUUCGGUUACGCGUUUUUGUAUGGCGAAAAGAGCAACAGUUUUAUUGGUUACAGUAACUUCGCCUUGGCGCAUGCUACAACUUACGCYCAUUGGUUCUUUCAAUUCGUGUUUGCUGCGACGUCGUCAACUAUUGUCAGCGGUGCUAUGGCRGAGAGGACUGAGUUCUCAAGUUACAUGAUGUAUUCUGUAUGUUUGACAGGUUUUAUUUAUCCUGUGGCUGCGCAYUGGGCCUGGAACCCAAAUGGAUGGCUUGCUGUUGGUACUACUUUUACCCAAGAUAACGUCACACAUACUGUAACUUUUAUGGACUUUGCGGGCAGCAGUGUUGUUCACCUGCUUGGUGGAUCAUGCGCACUUGUCGGAGCUGCUUUGGUAGGAGCAAGAAUUGGACGAUUUGACGAGAAUGGGAAUCCGUUGGUCAUACAAGGACACACUGUUCCGAUGAGUGCUUUGGGAGGUUUCAUUUUGUUUUUCGGGUUCUUUGCSUUCAAUGGCGGCUCACAAGGAAGUAUUGCUUCAAAAGGAGAUGCAGAAAUUGUUGCCUUGGCCAUUGUGAACACUAUUAUCUCAGGUGGUGGAGGAGCUCUCACAGCUAUGGCCGUYAAACGUAUGGGAUUUGCAGAAAAGAAAUGGAGUCUGCUUAUAACCAUCAAUGGUGGCCUCACCGGAAUGGUUGCCAUCUGUGCUGGUGCAAAUGUUUACCAGCCGUAUUCUGCAAUAGUAGUUGGGAUUGUUGCAGGGCUGACSUACACGAUGUGGAGCUGGGCAGUUUUAAAGCUCAAGAUCGACGACCCUGUUGACGCAGUUGCUGUACAUCUAGGAGGUGGCUUUUGGGGUACUCUUGCGGCUCCUCUCAUGGCAUAUGAUGUUGGUAUCUUUUACAAAUGGGAUCGGCAUGCAUUCGUUCAAUUUGGAUGGAACUUKGGGGGUAUGUUGUCAAUCAUGGUUUGGGCUAUGGGAUGUGCUUUUAUCAUGUUUGGAGCCAUGCGACUUGCUAAACAACUUCGAGUUGAUCCUGAAAUCGAAGAAAAAG